CGUGAUAAGACGUUGUGUGUCAGCGUGCAUCUCUGGGGAAGGUUCCUCUUGCAUGUGUUUAUAACAUGGAGCUCGUGGGGAAAAGCGGACAUCCCUUGUGCUGAGCCCCCAGUAACAGCUCUCCUCGGUCUCUUUGAUUUGCAGAACAAUCAAGUUCUUGGGAUCGGAAGUGGUUCUACGAUUGUCCACGCAGUGCAUCGAUUAGCCGAGCGGGUUCAACAGGAGAACCUGACAAUUGUCUGCAUCCCUACGUCUUUUCAGGCCCGUCAGCUGAUCCUGCAAAAUGGCUUAACGUUAAGUGACUUGGACCGACAUCCAGAGCUCGAUGUCGCCAUCGAUGGAGCAGAUGAAGUGGACUGUGACCUCAACCUUAUCAAAGGUGGCGGUGGUUGCUUAACGCAGGAGAAGAUAGUCGCAGGAUAUGCAAAAUGCUUCAUCGUUAUUGCCGAUUACAGGAAAAAAUCAAGGAGCCUGGGGGAGCAGUGGAAGAAGGGAAUUCCUAUCGAGGUCAUCCCCAUGGCUUAUGUCCCUGUCACCAGAGCCCUGACCAAAAACUUCGGAGGUGUCGCGGAGCUGCGAAUGGCUGUUAGCAAAGCGGGCCCCGUGGUGACGGACAACGGGAACUUCAUCCUGGACUGGAAGUUUGACAGGGUUCAUGAAUGGAGUGAAGUGAACACUGCUAUAAAAAUGAUACCAGGUGUGGUGGAGACGGGGCUCUUCAUCAACAUGGCAGAGGUGGUGUACUUCGGCAUGGAGGAUGGCUCGGUCAGCGUGCGGGAGAAGCAGCCUCGCUGAUGCCGGCGUGCCGCCCGUGCUGCUUUGCCUUCGGCCAGUUCGAUUCAGCUGUUGUAAUGGUGCCAACCUGACGUUUUGCCUUAACGAGCAGCGGUUAUCGCAGAAGACGGAUGGGAAGUUGAUCAGAAUCCGCUGACGUGAUACUGAAUGUCUUUUUUUUAAAAACAAAAA